AUGGCCUCUCCAUCUUCAGUCAGUACUCAUCUAGAAGAUGAUUCGGAAUGGCAAUAUCGUCCUCGUCUCACCAAGCGACAUAAGCGAGGCUCAACCUCGGGCGCGUCAAAACCCUCCCCUCGCGAGAUUGGGUAUAUGAGGGAGCCCCAUAAUGACGGCUCUGCCAGCUUUCUUGGAAGCUCCAGUGGGAUUCACUUUGUUCGGCAUGUAUACAGUGCCUUUGCCCGCCGCUCAGCAGAUCUUCAGCAGAGCAGAGCUCGGGAUAGGAGUUCAGUUCCAGGAGAAGAUGAUCGCUUGCUGCGCGAUCCUGGAAACCAGGAUACCAAUGAGUUAUGGAACAAAGACGAAGUGAACCUUUCGUCGACCGCUACCUUCUCAUUUGAAGAUCUUGUUCAAUGGACUCGUCGUUACUUUGAAAACUGGCAUCCGAUUUUCCCUUGCCUCCAUGCACCAACGGUUUUGAAGACCAUGGAGACGCUUGGCCAUCAUGGUUUGGGUUCAAUCAAUAGACUAGACUUGAUGGUCAUACGCUGUCUUGUCUCGGUAUCGUUAGCGGACAGUCGACAGGUUCAACCCCCCGUAUCACAAAUAGGGCCAAUUCCUGCCCCAUUGGUUUUCCAGACCGUGCAGCAUAUUAUGCAAGAGAUACAGAGCUUGUUAGCAGAGCCAACCACGCUCCAAUUGUUGCAAGCUACGUUUACUGCUCAGCUCACCAUGACAUCACUUCUACGUCUCAAUGCCGCCUCACGCGUGGGCGGUAUCGUUACCCGAACUGCUUUCCAUUUGGGUCUGCAUCGGUGCCCCGGCCGUUUUGCCUGCUUCAGCAGUGAAGAGGCUGACAUCCGACGGCGUCUCUUUUGGUCAAUAUACUCUCUCGAGCGAUAUCUAUCCCAGGCUCUUGGAGUACCUCUCAGUAUUCGAGACGAUGACAUCGACGUUUGCUACCCUGGAGCUGAAAGGCAUGCUGAUCCAUCCAGUCAGCCUAGUCUCAGCCGCCUCCAACUAAUGUGUCAUCUCGCCAAAUUUGCUCGAGUAAGGGGGCUUAUUCUAGAAUUACGCAACAAGUCUAUUUUGCAUAGUCAUGCUGGAACGGCCGAAGCAUCACAAGUCAAUGGUGAACUAACUCAAUGGUGGAAUGAAGUUUACGAUGACGUCUACCCUAUUGAGGACGAGUCCGAGGCCGGCCCUGAUCAAAAUCCGAUUCUCACUCCAUAUCACCGACUUUUGGUCAUGAUUUUGAGACACGAAGCAAUAAUUUCGAUGAAUAGGCCUCUUCUCGCUGCUGAGAAGCCCAACCCGGACUAUAAGAAUGCUUUACAGACGUGCAUUGGCUCCUCGCGGUCUUUGCUAGCCGCUUUGAAGAAGUACAUGUCUUCCUCAUCUGACGCUCCCCUGACGUGGCCAUCUUUCACCUGGAUAACAUGGAUGGCAUGUCUCAUCUUGAUGUAUGCAUCGUGGGAAGGCGAGCUUCCUAUUCCCACGGCUCUGAAGUAUGCGAAAAUGGGUACUGCUGUGCUGGAAAAUCUUGCUCUUCGCGGGAGUAGCUGGCCAGAGACAUGCAUUGAGGCGAUCAGAAGUAUGGAGUCGGCCUUGCUAUCGAUGAGUGCGUCUCAGGAAUCAUCAUCAGCCUCUUCUGUCAACGAGAGAGGUCUUACACGAAAUCAAAAUGGACCUCCGAGAACUGUUACACCUCGCCGACCAGUGAGCGUCAACCCAGCAUUCACCCCUUCCGAUAACCAAGGGACAAAUGAAACCUAUGCUGUCCCAUCGUCCACUACAACUCAAAGAUUCGGAACAACGAUGAACCCUAGUAUGCAUAAUCCUGGAGAGCCAUCUUCCGCUUUCAUCCGACAUGAUCAUCAAGGCCACGCAAUCGAGUUGCCCUCUUCCGAUGCGUAUUCAGCGAAUGGUCAGACCUCAGCCGGCCUUAUCUUCGGCAAUAUGGCAAACAGAAAUGCCAAUCUCUACCCAGGGAAUAUAGUCCAGGACUCUCAGCCUUUUUCUGAUGCACCUGCCUUCAUGAAUGAUCUCUGGAGUGUGGCGGAUGGCCCAUGGAUUAUCGAUGGCAAUUUGCUAUAG